GAAGACUGGAGGCUCUCAGGGAAGUCGAGGCGUUGCUGUGCCUCACCAGUGAUGAGGGAAGUGUCUCAUCCAGGCGUGGUCCUCAGUGAUGUAAACAUCCAGAAACCUGAACAACCUUCAAAUUCCAGAACAAACAGAUCCAAUGACUGAAAUAGACUGAGUCCAACCCCUCACUACAAAAAUGUCAAAAAGGCCCUACGCCCCCCCGCCUCCCCCUGCCCCUACAACACAAAUUUCCAACAGCACAGGGUUUGUGGGCUACAACCCGUACAGCCAUCUGGCCUACAACAACUACAGGCUGGGAGGGAGCCAGAGCACCAACAGUCGGGCGACGAAUUCCUCUGGAAUAAAUAUCCCGAAGCCUCCCAAACCCCCCGACAAGCCCCUGAUGCCGUACAUGAGAUACAGUCGAAAGGUUUGGGAUCAAGUAAAAGCCUCCAAUCCUGAUCUGAAGCUUUGGGAAAUUGGGAAGAUAAUCGGUGGCAUGUGGAGGGACCUCACUGAUGAGGAGAAACAGGAUUAUUUGAAUGACUACGAAGCAGAGAAGAUCGAGUAUAACGAGAGCAUGAAGGCCUACCACAACUCGCCGGCCUACCUGGCCUACGUGAACGCUAAAAGCCGAGCCGAGGCGGCGCUGGAGGAGGAGAGCCGCCAGAGGCAGUCCCGGCUGGACAAAGGCGAGCCCUACAUGAGCAUUCAGCCAGCCGAGGAUCCAGAUGAAUUCGACGACGGUUUCUCCGUCAAACAUUCGGCCGCGGCCCGUUUCCAGCGGAACCAUCGUCUGAUCAGCGAGAUCCUCAGCGAGAGCGUGGUCCCGGACGUGCGCUCCGUCGUCACCACGGCCCGCAUGCAGGUCCUGAAGCGGCAGGUCCAGUCCCUGAUGGUGCACCAGAGAAAACUGGAGGCGGAGCUGCUGCAGAUCGAAGACCGGCACCAGGACAAGAAGAGAAAGUUCAUCGAAGCUACAGAUUCCUUCAACAACGAGCUGAAACGGCUGUGCUGCAUGAAGGUGGAGGUGGACAUGGAGAAGAUUUCUGCAGAGCUCGCUGCAGCAGAGGAGGUGGCACGCAAACGCAUCGCUGAGAGGGACAAGGACUCGGGGGACAAAGGAGCCAAAGGGACACUGUCGUGCGUCCUGGCAGAGGAGGACAAACACGUUUGUGCCACACAUGGCAAAAAGUCUCAGCCGAACCCUCAGAACCUGAGCAGCAGCAAGGAGGGAGAGGACGCCGAGUCAAAUGGUGCAGAGACACCAGGGAAGCAGAAGUCGUCGGAGGAGCUCGAUGCUCCCCCCGGCAGCGAUGAGGGGGCGUCGGAGGACAAGGAGAGCGUCCCAGAGGGGGUCAUGGAGGAGGGAACCAGCGACAGCAACACGGGCUCAGAGACCACCUCGGCUCAGACAGAAGACCCCGUCCCCAGUGAACCGUCUGAGGGCCCCGGCAGGGCCCGGGAGGCCCCUGAACCCAACACCAGACUCUGAAGGACCGGCAGGUCGGCGCCUCUGCCGGUUCCAGCUGGUUCUUGGAUUACAGAAAUCGCACAAUCUAACGUCUGUUUGACAAAGUGGAGCGUUCAGAUGAGCCGAGGCUAAAAGCCGAGGAUCUCGCAUGAACAAAAAAAUAAAAUAAUAAUCUGCACUAAUAGCCGACGGAGCGGUGAACCUGUUAACGUCUUCGGCUGCUAAAAUGAGCCACAAAAUCCUGCAACAGUCUUAAAGCCAGAAGAAAACAAAGCGGUUAUGAAGUUUAUUUAAAUUAUUUUGAGAUUAAAGUUCAGUUAUUGGCAGAAAAAAAUUUCAGUCUUGAAUUAAAACAAAGUGAACUUUUGAUGGAAAACAUCAAAGUUCAUGCUCAAUAAUCCAGAUUAAAAAGAAA